AUGUCAGGUCCUUGCCGAAAAGAAACCACCUGCCGAGAGAUGUCAUCGACCACUGACGAUACCCCGGUCGCUGAGUCCUCCGGUACAUUCGAUGUCAACCAAUUCAUUAGUAUCAUAGGUGAAGAACUGCCUGCCGAUUCGAUCAAAACCAUCCAGGCCGCUGCCUCCAACAACCUCGAACGAGCAGUCAACAUAUACUUUGAUGGGUCUUGGAACAAACCUGCCUUCAGAAGUGCACUUGUGACUAAGCCAUGCCAUAUUCACUCGUCCCAAGACUCUUUUAGCGCCAGUAGUCUCACGAAUCCCAAAAGAAAGAUCAAACCGAGACUGAGAUAUAUUGGAUCCUUCGGCGUGGAUGGUUGGGCAACCCGGAGUGGAUCAGGCUUGCUUAAGCACGGAGACGCCGUCGUAAUCGAGCGUACGAAGCUCACUACCAAGCGCGGUCGUGGAAGUCAGAAGGCAGACGUCCUGACACGAUUCACCAACAUGAAAGGCCAGGAAAUCGGACGAAUACCUCACGAGGUUGCUGAGUGGAUAUCUACUCUGAUUGACCAAAACAUUUGCUCUUUUUUGGGCGUUUGUGUGUUCGUCGAUGAUAAAAUCCGUAUCAACGAUACAAUUUGUUUGCAAAUCACAUGUUUCAUGAAAAGUGAUGCUUUCCGACAGGGGUUGUUUACAGGGUCAAGUAUGGACGACAACAGGGACACCGGAAUUUUUGAUGCAAAAGAAAGUAGUGAAGAGAGGAAUUUACGACUCCGCCAAGUAGGCCUUAUCAAGCUUUUCGAUGCAAUUGAUCUCAGGCCGACGACGACCAAUCCCACUACGGAGAAGCACAAGAGAGAUGGAAUUCUCCGAGCUGCUGAGAUGGCUGAACAGUAUGAUGGCGUGAAGAAAGAAAAGAUCAAGCCAUCUCAAGGAGACAACGACCCUGAAGAUGAUACGCCGGAACUGGAAGCGGACCAGCUCGAUACUCUCUACCACAAAGCUCAGUCAUUUGAUUUCAACAUGCCCCAAGCCGAUCCCGCUCCCAGCUUCAAGAUGGACCUGCGCAAGUACCAAAGGCAAGCGCUUUAUUGGAUGAUGGCGAAGGAGAAGGAUAAUAAGCAAGCUCGAGAACGGUCAAUGAACCCUUUGUGGGAAGAGUACACUUUUCCAGCCUUGGGCCCCGACAACGAAGAUGUUACAGUUGAGGGUAUGGAAAAUUUCUAUGUCAAUCCAUACUCUGGGGAUCUGAGCAUUGAAUUCCCCGUUCAAGAACAACAUUGUCUCGGAGGGAUUCUAGCUGAUGAGAUGGGACUGGGCAAAACUAUUGAGAUGCUUAGUCUCGUACAUUCACAUAGGAUCGAGCCUGGUCUUGACUCAUUGAAUGGUGCAAGUCCCAUCAAUAGUCUUUUCCAACUACCUAAUUCGUUUGGUACAAUAUAUGCACCCUACACUACUCUGGUUGUUGCUCCAACAUCACUUCUUUCUCAAUGGGAAAGCGAAGCUCUCAAGGCUUCAGAGCCGGGGUCCAUGAGAGUGCGCAUGUACUAUGGGAAUGACAAAUUUGUGGAUCUUCGACAUCUUUGCUCAGCAGCAAACCAUGCAACGGCUCCACAUGUGAUUGUCACCAGCUAUGGCGUUGUGCUGUCAGAGUUUCGUUCACUCCAAUCUCAGUCCUCCAGAACGCAUGACGGCUUGUUUUCAAUAGACUUUUUCCGUAUCAUUCUAGAUGAGGCCCAUUUGAUCAAAAAUCGGCGGUCAAAAUCGGCGAGAGCCUGCUACGAACUCAAGGCCACCCAUCGCUGGGUUCUCACCGGCACACCCAUUGUUAAUCGACUAGAGGACCUGUUCAGCUUGGUGCGAUUCCUGAAGGUUGAACCUUGGAGCAAUUUUUCGUUUUGGAAAACCUUUAUCACCGUGCCCUUCGAGUCGAAAGAAUAUGCCCGCGCUUUGAAUGUGGUACAGAGUGUUCUUGAACCACUUGUUCUGAGGAGAACGAAGACUAUGAAAACCCCCGAUGGAGAGCCCUUGGUGCCGUUACCUCCACGAACAAUCACUAUUGAGGAAAUUGAACUCCCAGAAAAAGAACGAGAAAUUUACGACCUAAUUUACACCCGUGCUAGGCGAACUUAUGAUGACAACGUCACGGCUGGAACGCUUCUCAAGUCCUACACCACCAUCUUUGCUCAGAUUCUACGUCUUCGCCAGACAUGUUGCCAUCCCAUUCUUACUCGAAAUAAAGUCAUUGUGUCCGAUGAAGAAAAUGCAGCUCUUAUUGCAGAUGCAGCAAACGAAAUGAAAGAUAACAUGGAUCUUCAGGAGCUCAUUAACCAAUUCACAACCAUGACGGAAAAGAGUGAGUCACAAAAUCAGUCUGCGGUAUUCACAACGCAUGCACUUCGCCAAAUCCAGACGGAAUCUAGUGGCGAGUGUCCCAUCUGCUGUGAAGAACCAAUGAUAAAUCCAGCGGUCACAGCUUGCUGGCAUAGUGCCUGCAAGAAAUGUCUUGAGGAUGUCAUUCGCCAUGAAACGGCCAAGGGCGCUCCCGCACGUUGUUUCUCAUGUCGAGCGCCGAUUGAAUCAAAAAAUAUCUUCGAAGUUAUCCGACACCCCGCGUCAACCCCUUUACCCAAAGACAACACCAUUGUCUCUGUGGAAAUCCCCAAUAGCUCGCAGCCGGCCCCACGCAUUUCUCUACGUCGCAUCAAUCCCCUCUCCCCAUCCGCGCAUACCUCUGCCAAAAUCCAUGCACUCAUAAACCACUUGUCUCGCCUCCCAACAAAUUCAAAGUCUGUUGUUUUCUCCCAAUUCACCUCGUUUCUGGAUCUCAUUGGUGAUCAACUCUCCAAAUUGGGAAUCUCCUUUCUACGCCUUGACGGAAGCAUGCCUCAAAAGGCCCGUGCGGCUGUCUUGACAGAAUUCACCAAAGAGACAUAUGAGGAGGAGGAUAUCAACGACGAGGACGGAAGCCCUCGCAAGCCAUCAGCUUCAAAGACGUCUACUACCUCGCCAGUCGUUCUCAUCAUCUCCCUCCGUGCUGGCGGGGUAGGGCUCAAUCUCACAACUGCAAACAAUGUCUUCAUAAUGGAUCCCUGGUGGAGCUUCGCCAUCGAGGCACAGGCAAUUGACCGUGUUCAUCGAAUGGGUCAAACACGUGAGGUUUCCGUAACACGGUUCAUAAUCAAGGACUCUAUUGAAGGCCGUAUGCUUCGUGUGCAAGACCGCAAGAUGAAUAUCGCUGGUUCACUUGGUUUACGUGUCGGUGGUGAAGACCCGGAGGAAGAUAGAAAAAAACAGCGUACUGAAGAGCUGAAAAUGCUCUUUGAGUAA